AUGCCACGGAGAUUUCGUCGAAAACGUGUACUAAUUCUGUUCUUUCUAUUUAUUUUUAUUAUUUAUGUAAUUAAUCAACGAUUAGAAAAUUCAAUAGAUGAUAACAAUGAAUUACCUGAUAAGAACAACAUAAUAUAUCAACGAUUAAAAAAACCAAUAGAUGUUGAAAAUAAAGUAGAAAGUUCAUUUUUUGAUUCAUCAAAACAUACAAAAAUUGAUUGGCAUGAUUAUAAUGCUAUUGCUCGUGAUAAUGCUCGAACAGGAUUAGGUGAAGGUGGUACCGGUGUUGAACCUAGUCAACAAGAACGAAAUAGUCCACAAUUUCAAAAACUAUAUCGAGAAAAUGGAUUCCAUGCUUUUAUAUCUGAUAAUAUUUCACUUGAUCGUUCAGCUAAAGAUAUUCGUCAUCCAGAUUGUAAAAACAAAUUAUAUUUAGCUGAAUUACCAUCUGUUAGUAUAAUUAUUCCAGUUCAUGAUGAACAUUUAACAACAUUACUUCGAUCUGUUCAUAGUAUAUUAAAUCGAACACCAGAAAAACUUCUUAAAGAAAUUCUACUUGUUGAUGAUGCUAGUAGUAAAGAUAGUUUAAAAUCUCCGCUUGAUACUCAGGUUGCUAAUUUAUCAAAAACUCGAGUUGUUCGUCUUAAAAAACGUGAAGGUCUUAUUCGUGCACGAUUAGCAGGUGCACGAGAAGCUAAAGCUGAUAUUCUUAUAUUUUUUGAUUCACAUAUUGAAGUAAAUAUUAAUUGGUUACCACCAUUAAUUGAACCUAUUGCAUUGAAUUAUAAAACAAGUGUUUGUCCAUUCAUUGAUAUUAUUAAAUGGGAAACAUUUGCAUAUAUUGCACAAGAUGAAGGUGCUCGUGGUGCAUUCGAUUGGGGGAUGUUUUAUAAACGAUUACCGUUAUUACCUUCAAGUCAAGGAAAUGCAUCAGAACCAUUUGAUAAUCCAGUCAUGGCUGGUGGUCUUUUUGCAAUAAGUCAAAAAUGGUUUUGGGAAUUAGGUGGUUAUGAUGAAGGUCUUGAUGUAUGGGGUGGUGAACAAUAUGAAAUGUCAUUUAAAAUCUGGCAAUGUGGUGGGCGUCUUGUUGAUGCACCAUGCUCAAGAGUUGGACAUAUCUAUCGACAAUUUAAUCCACAUGGAGGUUUUAGUUUUGGUGAUUAUUUAUCUCGAAAUCAUAAAAGAGUUGCAGUAGUUUGGAUGGAUGAAUAUGCAGAAUAUAUUUACAAACGAAAUCCACAAAUAAAAAAUGUAAAUGCAGGUGAUGUUACAAAACAAAAAGCAUUACGAGAAAAACUUCAAUGUAAAUCAUUUAAAUGGUUUAUGGAAAAAGUUGCAUUUGAUUUGCCGGAAUAUUAUCCACCAAUUCCAUUACCUCCAUUUGCUCAAGGAGAAAUUCGAAGUAUGGCUGCUUCUUUAUGUAUAGAUACUAAACAUGGAGGAGAACAAGCAACAUUUGGUCUUGAACAAUGUAUCAAAGAUCAACCGGACAAAAAUGGUGAACAAGAAUUUGAAUUGAGUUGGCGACAAGAUAUUCGUGUAAAAAAUCGUGACUUUUGCUUUGAUGUACCUAACAGAGAAAAGCGUGCACCAGUUAUACUAUAUAAAUGUCAUAAUAUGCGUGGUAAUCAACAUUUUGUUUACGAUGUAUCUAAUUUUCAUAUUUUACAUGUUGCAACACAUUUGUGUUUGGGUUGUGAUGUAGAUAGUAAAAUGAUUUUUAUGGAAGAAUGUGACGCAGAACGUAAGACUCAAAAAUGGAAAUUUGCUUCAUACAAUCAAACAUUAAUUCUCAAGGAAAUGAAUAAGUUUUUUUAA